GAAAAGUGAGAAGUGAGAACUGUUUGGCUCCGUUUCAAAACCGUCCGUCCUUCCUUUCUCAUGCGGUUGGAGGAGUUAAACCUUUCAUGAUUGCAUAACAAGGAGCCUCUCUCUCCAUUUUCUUCACCAAAACAGAACAAAAUGCCAACUUCCUUGCAUCUCUUCUUGCUCCUCUCUCUGUAUAUUUCCCUCUCCUUUGCAGAUGGGACUCAACUCAUCAUCAUUAACAACUGCAAGGACAGUGUAUGGCCCGGAAUCCUCGGCAGUGCAGGCCACCUGACCCCCAAUGACGGCGGCUUCCAUCUCCACUCUGGCGAGCAAGCCGUGGUCCAAGUCCCUGAGCAAUGGUCCGGAAGAAUAUGGGGAAGACAAGGCUGCUGCUUCGACCAAAAAACCAAUAAAGGCUCGUGCCAGACCGGGGACUGUGCCGGCUUACUACAAUGCAUGGCCACUGGUGGAAAACCACCAGCAACCCUAGUUGAAAUGACCCUUGGAACCCCUGAAUCUGCCUUACAUUACUAUGAUGUGAGUUUGGUUGAUGGGUUCAACCUCCCGGUAUCAAUGACCCCAAUUGGUGGCGGCGUUGGCUGUGGCGUGGCGGCGUGUGAGGCCGACUUGAAUGUUUGUUGUCCUUCAAAUUUGGUGGUGAAGAGGGAGGGGAAGGUGGUGGGUUGCGAGAGUGCUUGUUUGGCCACAAAUUCAGCUAGGUAUUGCUGCACCGGGGAGUUUGCUAGCCCGAAAAGUUGCAGGCCAACAGUGUUUGCUCAUCUCUUUAAGGCCAUUUGCCCUCGGGCAUAUAGCUAUGCCUAUGAUGAUUCUACAGGGCUUAAGACAUGCCGGGCUCCUCGGUAUGCCAUCACCUUCUGUCCUCCUGAAUGAGGGAAUAUGUAAGGAAAAAAAUGGAGCGGCAAAGAGCUAGUAUUAUUAAUGCAUGUUUACCAUUAUUGUCUAGUGAUUGAUUUUCGGUUCCAA